UUAUUUCUUCAAGAACAAUUUCAUCUGUGAUCAGUUGAAUAGGAUUGUGUGUCUGGAACAUCAAAGCCACCACAAUGAAGCACUUCCUGAGGACGUCUGCAAGCAAGAAUACAUUUUUAUUUAAAAAAAUAAUUGAAAGCAAAUUUCAGUAACUCUCAUACCAUUCUUGUUGUAAAGAAGACUUCCUCUUUCACAAGGUUAAGAUGGACGAGUAGUGUAACAAUACAGGAGAAUGAAACCUGGAACUUAAAUGGUUGCUCCUCUUGAGCCAUUUUAACAUAAUACAACUGAAAACAAAAUGUUUGUUCAGGUGUGCCUGUACUUCUACUGUAAGUGUUUAUGGCGUUGUCUGAAAUUUGUGGUGAGGAAAUUAACAGGACGAUGUGAAUUACAAAGGAUCUGUUACAAUAUCAAACCUGGAGCCAGCAGAACUAUGAAGAUAGAGACAUCACUGAGGGGUUCAAAAAAUAAGCUGCUGCAAACUUCAGUAGGUGUUCAUCUAGAUGCCAUUGAAAAAACUAUAGAUGACAUCAUGGAACUGAAAAAGAUUAACCCGGAUAUAAAUCCACAGUUAGGAGUAUCUCUUCAGGCCUGCCUCCUGCAGAUUGUAGGGUACAGAAAUCUGAUCGCAGAGGUUGAAAAGCUACGCAGAGAGCCAUAUGAUUCAGAGAAUCCUCAACAUGAAGAGUUGCUUCUAAAGUUAUGGAAAUGUUUGAAGCCUGAUUCCCCAUUAGAAGCUCGGAUUUCGAAGCAGUGGUGUGAAAUUGGUUUCCAAGGUGACGAUCCUAAAACAGAUUUUAGAGGGAUGGGCCUCCUGGGAUUAUAUAACUUGUUAUAUUUUGCCGAAUGGGAUUCUGCAGUAGCUCAGCAAGUUCUCUCUGAUUCCCUUCAGCCAAAAUACAGGGAAGUCACUAAAGAGGAGCUAAGUAAGAUCAGCAAAGCUGAAUGGGAGAAGAAAAAAUUUGAUAAAGCAAUUGGUUACUCUUUUGCUAUUGUUGGCAUUAACAUAACUGACCUUGCAUACAACCUACUUGUGAGUGGUGCGCUGAAGACCCAUUUCUACAAUGUUGCUCCAGAGGCUCCAACGUUAUCCCAUUUCCAGCAGACAUUCUGCUAUUUGAUGCAUGAAUUCCACAAAUUCUGGAUUGAAGAGGAUCCACUGGACAUAAUGGAAUUCAACCGUGUGCGAGAGAAAUUUCACAAGCGAAUUUUAAAACAACUCCAGAAUCCAGACAUGGCUCUGUGCCCUCACUUUGCUGCCUCAGAAAGCUUAGUCAACAUAUAGUCAUUCACUUGGUUUUGAUUUGAAAACACUGCCUCACUCUUCUCUUAGGUCACUCUUAAAUCAUCACUAACAUAUUGAAUGACCAUGGCGAUUGUAUGCAUGCCUUUGGGUGCAGUAUUCAUCUAUUUUUGUCAUAAAUAUUAGAUCCCCUUACACUUCUCUUUCCAGGGGAUUUCUCAUUAAAUGGGUGCUCAUAUUGCGGCAUUAUGCAGUGUUACAUUCUAAAUUGAUGUCCAGCUAUCAAGAGUUUUCUAUUUUUUUAGAACUUUUUUCCCAUAAUUCAGCAUUGAAGAAUUGUAUUUCCCUAGCUGUGUUUUGUAUAUGUGGAAUAAUUAUCUGAAUCUUGUAUUGUGAAUGCCUUUUAACUUAUUGAUAUGUUUUGUGAUAACGACUGACAUUUCAAGCAAAAUACAUGUUUGGAUUUCAUCUACAAGAUAAUGUAUGUAACUUUAAUGCAGACAAACACAUUAAAGGCCAAUUUUUUCCAUGCAAUCAUACAUGCUUCAUGAAAAAUUAAUGAGAUUUGACACAAACUUCAGUGGAACAAUUUAUUUAAAAUAUGCAGAAUUGCAAUGGGACUGCACAGCUUCAUGAAUAUGAAAUGAGCUGAAGACUUUUCUGCAUUCAUAGUGGAGAGUAAAUGCAUUCAUAAUGACUGAACACCUCAAAGUGGCAUCUGUUAAAAAAAAAAAUAUGCAUAGGCUUUUAGUCCCCUUGCACCCACCCACUAGUACAUCUGAUUUCCUGUGCAUUGCUUUGAAAACAAAGAGUUAAUAUUUCAAUGUCUGAAUGCAGCAUGAUUUGAUUAUGUUUUGCUUUGUGACUUCAGGGGAGCAAAAACAGUCUUUGAAGUACUGGAAAAUUUUGCUUUGUGUUGUCAACACCAUUCUGAAGAACUGAGAAAUAAUUGAUUAGAAGGUUUAAAGAAAAACCACACGAGUUUCCUUAGAUCACUGUUUUUUAAAAAAAAAAAAAAGGUGUCUGUCACUGAUUGACCAGCAUUUACCAUGGCGUUUCAUACUUAAAGUGUUUUUUUACCUUGUGAACAAUAUAUUUUAGUGUUAGUCAAACUUUAUGUAAUCACUUGUAUAUUGAGAUCAAAUUUUGAGUAUUGCCCAACUGUGUGUAUUUAAAUGAAUAAAUUAUCUGUCAUUCUCAA